AUGGACUACAAGGAUUUCAAUAAUAGUAAACGUGGAUCGUCUUUACUGCGACGAUUUGAGGCAGGAAUCAAACGGACUUGCAAAACGCUUCCCAUACCAUUUCAGUACUGCAUCUGUCAAUACGCAACAUCUGCAGUGACUGAUGAAAAGUUGAGACAAAAACUAGCUACAUUUGCUGUUGAACAACUAGAUCUACUUCUACAAUCUGAAGGAGUUUCGUCUUCGUGUGAGAAUGUGAAACUGAAAAAGAUCUUGUCUAUCAAUCAAUAUACCUCGACAUCAAUGUUCGAAAACCAAAUUUUUGAUGUCACUUUCGAAGUUGCACCUCCUGCUCGUGGAAAAUUCCAGAUUCCGGUCAGAUUGAAGCAGGGCAAACUAGCCUUAGCUGGAGCCACAUUUCUGCGACUCGAUCGGUAUAAUGAUAUGGGCGAUUGUAUGAGCAAAGGAGUUCUUCGUUCCUACUGCACAUGCAAAAAUCGGGUACAUUGA